UACAGUCUGGAGUCAUCUAGCCUCAGUUUGGGUCUCCGCGUGUUUGAAGAUGCUGGGCUCCGUCUGUAGAUCUGUUUUGUUCUCGAAUUUCCUGCGUGCUUUCCUGUUGUGAAAUUAGCAAAGGCUUCUCAGUAGGGAGUUGGACAGGCAAGUUAAUGUGGCAAGAAGCUGUCACAACAGGACCCCUGAAUUCUGAAGUGAAGAGAUUUUGCUCCAAAAACAUCUUGGUCAUCCUUGGAUUCUCCUCUGUUGCUGCCGUGAUAGCUUUGAUUGCUGUGGGGUUGACUCAAAACAAACCAUUGCCAGAAAAUGUUAAGUAUGGGAUUGUGCUGGAUGCGGGAUCUUCACACACAAGUUUGUACAUCUACAAGUGGCCAGCUGAGAAGGAGAAUGACACAGGAGUGGUGCAUCAGUUAGAAGAAUGUAAAGUAAAAGGUCCUGGAAUCUCAAAAUAUGCUCAGAAACCAGAUGAAAUAGACACAUAUCUAGCUGAAUGCAUGCAAAGGUCCAGUGAAGUGAUCCCAAUGUCCCAGCACCACGAGACCCCUGUUUACCUAGGAGCCACUGCAGGCAUGCGGUUACUGAGAAUGGAAAGUGAACAAUUGGCAGAAAGGGUCCUGGCUGAAGUGUCAAAGAGCCUUAGCAACUACCCCUUUGACUUCCAGGGCGCCAGGAUCAUCACUGGCCAAGAGGAAGGUGCCUAUGGAUGGAUUACUGUCAACUAUCUGUUAGGCAGAUUCACUCAGAAAUCGGGUUGGCUCUACUUCAUCCCUUACAAAAAACAUAGUCAGGAAACCUUUGGAGCUUUGGACCUUGGAGGAGCCUCUACACAAAUCACUUUUGUGCCUUCGAACUACAGUAUAGAGUCCCCAGAAAAUGCUCUGGAAUUUCGCCUCUAUGGCAAGGACUACACUGUGUACACACACAGCUUCUUGUGCUACGGGAAGGACCAAGCACUCUGGCAGAAACUGGCCAAGGACAUUCAGGAUUCAAGUAGCAGGACCCUCAGGGACCCAUGCUUUCACCCUGGAUAUGAGAAGAUGGUGAAUAUGAGUGAACUUUACAAGACCCCCUGUACCAAAAGAUUUGAGAAGACUCUGCCAUUUGAUCAGUUUCAAAUCCAGGGCACUGGAGACUAUCAAAAAUGCCAACAAAGCAUCCUUGAGCUCUUCAACACCAGCUACUGCCCUUACUCCCAGUGUGCUUUCAAUGGGGUCUUCUUGCCACCACUCCACGGGAGUUUUGGGGCAUUUUCAGCUUUCUACUUUGUGAUGGAUUUUUUAAACAUGACAUCAAGUGAAAUCUCCUCUCAAGAAAGGAUGGUUGAGAUGAUUGAAAAUUUCUGCUCUAGGCCUUGGGAGGAGGUAAGAUCCUCUUUUCCCAGAGUGAAGGAGAAGUAUCUUAGUGAAUACUGCUUUUCUGGUGCCUACAUCCUCUCCCUCCUCCUGCAAGGCUAUCAUUUCACAGACAGCUCCUGGAAGCACAUUCACUUUAUGGGCAAGAUCCAGGACAGUGAUGCCGGGUGGACUUUGGGCUACAUGCUGAACCUGACCAACAUGAUUCCUGCUGAGCAGCCAACAGUUGCACCUCUCACCCAUUCCACCUACAUUUUCCUCAUGGUUCUCUUCUCCCUGAUCCUGGUCGUGGUGGUCAUCACAGGCAUGAUUCUCUGGAACAAGCCUUCAUAUGUCUGGAAAGACACAGUAUAGCAGGAAUAGCUAAAAUCUGCUGGCUGGAGUGAGACACACCUAACCCAGGAAGCACUGUACACCAUCUGUGUGCCGGGUCGCACUUCCUGGCUUGCCAGGGCCAGUCUAGAUGAGCACGAUGAUUCCUUGGCUUGCUGAAGCCUGUCUUGGGAGGUUGUCACCACCCUCUGCCUCAAGGACUUCCUGGCAGACAAACCCCUGUGAUUCUUUCUCAGCUGCCCUCUUUCUCUUACAUACUUUGUGUUUGUGUGGGUCUUAAAGACCUCCCACCUUUUAUGAUGAGUUUUACUUUAUAAAAGAACAAUGUUGACUCUGUGUAGAAUAA